UCUCACUCACAGCGUCUCAAAGUAUCGAGGAAGAAACCCUUCCGCGAACACCAUUGAUUUGUUACCAAAAAACCAAAUUUGAAGGAAGAAGAUGGCGAACCCGAAGGUUUUCUUCGACAUACUGAUUGGGAAGAUGAAAGCCGGCCGAAUCGUGAUGGAACUAUUUGCAGAUGUGACCCCCAAAACGGCGGAGAACUUUCGGUGCCUCUGCACGGGUGAGAAAGGGAUUGGAAAAUCGGGAAAGCCACUGCAUUACAAGGGCUCGGCCUUCCAUCGAAUUAUCCCGAACUUCAUGUGCCAGGGUGGGGAUUUCACGAGGGGUAAUGGAACUGGAGGGGAAUCGAUCUAUGGAUUGAAGUUUGAAGAUGAGAACUUCAAGGUCAAGCACACUGGACCUGGUGUCCUGUCCAUGGCGAAUGCUGGACCCAACACCAAUGGUUCCCAGUUCUUUAUAUGUACCGAUAAGACAUCAUGGCUUGAUGGAAAGCAUGUUGUGUUCGGGAAGGUGGUUGAUGGUUACAGCGUGGUGAAGGCAAUGGAGAAUGUGGGUUCAGAUAGCGGGACGACUUCUUCAACUGUUGUCAUUGAAGACUCUGGCGAGAUAACAGAGAACUGAUCCUCUUUGUUUCUCUUUCAAGAUUCGUUUUU